CUACGGUUACUGCUUUAAUAUCUUUUAUUCAGCUCUCCAACAAAUUUGCUGCACUGCUGUCUGCCUUAGCUACCAAUGGAGGUAUUGUUUUGCUAGAUUUAUUAACAGGUCUGUUAGUCCAUAGUUUAUGUCGGUCGUUUUUGCUGUUGUUGCUAUCAGUAUUUUCUGCUUAUCACGCUUAACAAGCUCCUACUUUAUUCACUGUGUAAUUAUAUUAUAAAAAAUCUCUUCCAUUAUAAUACGGACAACAUGAGUUCCUCUAAGUUACAUCCACCUAACAAUGCUCUGAAUGUCCGUGAGAAAAAAUCUGAGAAGAAUAGAAAAAAGAGAGAAAGAUUUGCUGCUCUGUCGGUAGAAGAAAAAGAAGCUCAUCGAAAGAAAAAUAGAGAUGCGUAUCACAGAAGAAAGUUAAGCAAACUCUUGUCCAAGCCACUUGCUGAACAAUCUCAGCAGAUUUCCAGACCAUCAGAUACUCCAGGCUCUGGUUUACUAGCUAUUUCUAACAACUGUGCUGAUGGUAGCUAUUUCCACCGAUGCAAUAACCUGUUGCCACGGACGAAGAUAUUAAUGUCAGAAUUAAGUGAACAUGGUCGAUGUGUCACAUCUCCAAAUCUUCAUGGAAAUGCAUCUGCUCAGAAAAUUGAUGCGUAUGUCACCAAAAUUGCCUCUCCUAAUCCUCAGCUCUCUGCAUGUAACAGUCAAUCUGGUGGAUCAAAAUUAAAGAACAGUGUGUCUCACUUUUCCACUUAUGAACAAGGUAGUUCUUCAGGCACGAACCACAAGCAUGUCUGCUCACAUCAUACUACUCCAUACACUUCAGCUAACUCAUUUGUCUGUAUGAGCUGCUACAACUUCUCUCCAGAGAGUAUUGAACAAGUUCCAGAACUGUCAUCACUUGUUACACGAUAUCAGGCUACUCGACAGUUACUAGGAUCUACUGCUAACAAAAAUGGAGGUUUAGGUUGUCCUCUGUCACCAAGUUUCAUUAUUGUAAUACUUGCUACACCAUCAGUCUACUUCUCACCGUUGACAAAAUCUUCUGAAUAAAUGUACAGCCAACAC